AUGCCUCUCACUAUUCAGCUUCCCGAAGAGUUCAGCUACGUCCUUCUCGUGGCUACGUCAACCUUCUUCGUCAACACCCAGCAUGUUAUCCUCACCAGCAAAUUCCGCAAGCUGAGCGGUCUGAAGUACCCCAUCGCCUACGCCUCAAACGAGCAGGCCGACAAGGACCGCAAGGCCUACAUGUUCAACUGCGCCCAGCGCGCCCACGCCAACUUCACUGAGAACCACACCUCAUUCCUUGGCGCUCUACUCAUUGCCGGUCUGCGCUACCCCUUGGCCGCCGCCGUCCUGGGUGCCGGCUGGACCAUUUGUCGCUCCCUCUACGCGUUCGGCUACGCCAGCGAGCGGGGGCCUGCCGGCCGUAUGAUUGGUUCCAUCGGUUCUUUCGUCUUCGACAGCACCCUGAAGCUUACCGCCCUGUACGCCUCGGUGGCCCUGGUCAUGGGCUGGUAG